UCCUCUUUCACUCCCUGCCGGUUCAGGGAGAGCCAGCGGUGGGUCGCUGACCAGAUCUCUUCCUCCUCCUCCACCACCACCACCACCUCCGCUAAGUACGUUGUCGACGGCAGCCCCGGUUGGCCUAAUUUAUUCGCCGCGAACCCGAAUUUUACUUUUUUUUCUUUCCUCGGAAAUACAUUUUCCUCCCCUUUACCCCCUCCUUUUUCUUUUUCUUUUUUUUGUAAAGCCACUGCGCCCAUUUUCUUUCUUCGCUCUCUCGCCCCUCGAUUUUUUUCCCCUCCCCCCUCCCCUUCCUUCUCUUUCGCGUCGCACAAUGCGGCUGAAAGGCCGGGGAUGCUGCACCCGGAGCAGAGGCAACGGCGAUGGAGAGGAGGAAGGCAGCGGAGAAGGACGCGGGCCGCCCCCUCCACCAAUGCGGAGUCCCUUCGUGCACCGGCUGCACUUCAGCGCCCUCCAGAAAGCAAAGAUUGUCUUCAUGACCUUGACUCUGUUCCCCAUCCGGCUGUUUUUUGCUGCGUUUAUGAUGUUGCUGGCUUGGCCUUUUGCCUUCAUUGCCUCAAUAGGAUCUGCUGAAAAACAGCUAGAAAAGCCUCUAUCGUGGUGGCGAAAAAUUAUUGAUAUCUUGCUGAAGGCAAUUAUGAGGACAAUGUGGCUUGCUGGUGGAUUUCAUUGGAUAAAUGUGAAGGGCAGACAGGCAUUGCCCACUGAAGCAGCAAUUCUGACCCUGGCUCCACAUUCAUCUUAUUUUGAUGCAAUACCAGUGACAAUGACUAUGGCUUCCAUUGUUAUGAAAGCUGAAAGCAAAGAUAUUCCUGUGUGGGGAACUUUAAUUAAAUAUAUUCGACCUGUAUUUGUAUCUCGAUCGGAUCAGGAUUCCCGCAGAAAAACUGUUGAGGAAAUAAGACGGCGUGCUCAGUCUAAUGGCAAAUGGCCACAGAUAAUGAUAUUUCCAGAAGGAACCUGUACUAAUCGAUCCUGCCUAAUUACAUUCAAACCUGGAGCAUUUAUCCCUGGAGUACCUGUGCAACCAGUGAUCUUACGUUAUCCAAACAAGCUGGAUACAAUUACAUGGACAUGGCAAGGUCCAGGAGCGUUAACGAUUCUGUGGCUUACCUUAUGUCAGUUUCAUAAUUUUGUGGAAAUAGAGUUCCUACCUGUGUAUAUACCUUCUGAAGAGGAAAAGAAAAACCCAUCUUUAUAUGCGAACAAUGUGAGGCGUGUAAUGGCAGAGGCUUUAGGAAUUUCAGUAACAGACUAUACUUUUGAGGAUUGCCAGCUGGCUUUGGCCGAAGGACAACUCCAUCUCCCAUCAAAUACCUGUCUCUUAGAAUUUGCAAAACUUGUAAGAAAUCUUGGGUUAAAGCCAGAAAAACUUGAAAAAGAACUUAAUGCAUACUCAGAAAGAGCUAGGAAACUGAAAAACAAGAAAGUCACUCUCAAGGAAUUUGCAGAGUAUUUGAAAAUCCAAGUUUCAGAUAUGUUAGAAAAUAUGUUUGCACUUUUUGAAGAGAAGGAAGAUGGCCUGAUUGACAUACGAGAAUAUGUAACAGCUUUGUCGGUAGUCUGUAGACCUUCUAAAACAUUGCAAACAAUGCAGUUGGCUUUUAAGAUGUAUCAAUCAGAAACUGGGGGUAUAACAGAACAAGCGUUAACUUCCAUCCUGAAGAGCGCCAUGGGUGUUUCAGACCUUAAUGUGUCAAAUCUUUUUAAAGCUAUAGAUGAUAAAGAAAAAGGGGAAAUUGCAUAUGAUGAUUUCCAUUAUUUUACUGAAAUGUUCCCAGACUUUGCUGAAGAGUACCUAUAUCCUGAUCAAAUGGAGUCUAAAAGUUAUUUGGAAACUCCUGCUCCUAAUGGAUUCUGUGCAGAUUUCAGCCCACAAAUUACUGAAAAUAGAAGAAAUUCCCUACAGAAAAAAAUGAAUUAAUAUUAAUAAUUCUGUCAUCCUCUUGUGGUGAGAGGAGUAUGUCCUAGAUAGGGCUUUUCAUAGUCAUGCAGCUAUAUAACCUGAAGUAUGUGAGAAGGCUGUAUGUGUGGAUGUGUGAGAAAGAAAGAAAGAAAGAAAGAAAGAAAGAAAGAAAGAAAGAAAGAAAGAAAGAAAGAAAGAAAGAAAGAAAGAAAGAGGAAGGAAGAGAGGAAGGAAGGAAGAAAGGAAAGGCGUGUAUGAAUAUUUUACUGCAUUAAUGAGCAUCUUCGGCUUCCUAUUGGAAAGAUCACUUUUUCCAUCAGCAACUUGGAAAGUAAAGAAUGUAAACAAACUUUAAUUUGUAUACUUAAAAACAAGAUGCUUGCAUAUUUAUAUUCAUUGUUUGAUUUCAUGUACAAACUGUCCUACAAAGUGUGCAUGUGAAAAAAAUACUGUAGCUCCUAUGGUGUCAAGUGCACUUCGGUGAUUAGUGUUAUCCCUAUUUAGGGAAUUCUUUGUGGGCCAGAUUCUGCUUUCCUUUUUUACAAGGCAACAUUGACCGCUACUGUCAAUGGCCUUCAGAGCAAGGCAAGCUCAGUUUCACCUUUUUCAUUGUAAUCGAGUAGGUAGCUAAAGGGGGGAAAGUAUGCAAAAAUAUUUUUACCUAGGGAAUUGUUUUUAUUGUGUUUCCUUGUAAAAUGAUCUUUUUGAACUUUUCAAUCCAUCUUGAUAUCAAAAAGAAUAAGGGAAGUUAUCAGGAUUGUGUGCAUUUUGUGCUAAAAACCCAGAUUUUAGCACAGAAACGCAGAUUUUAUACUUUAGAAAAGCUGAAUUCCAAAGUCUGUCUCUCAAUCCUAUGAAUUAGGUAUAUUUCUGUAUUUCAUGUUGAUUGGCUUAUGGGUAAAGGAAGGUGAACAAAUGCAAAAACAAAAUGGAUGCAGACUUAAGAAACACUGCCUCUGACAAUUGGAAAUUCAGAUCGUUCUCAGCCUUAAGAUCUAGAAACAUGCCUUUUUAAAGUUUAAAAUUCUCAGGAUAGCAAAAUCUGCACUUAAAUUAGAACUUCUAUAUUUCUGGGUGGAUCAUGGAAUACACACAGCCUUGCUAUUUCCCUGUCUUCUCUGUCACUGCUGCAUUUGAGUGUUCUGGGCAAUGAUAAUUAAACAAGGGUCAUUUAAAGAGCCGUUUCAACGGCUUUUUGCACAGAAUAAAGUUUUUUUUAGAUUGAGCAGGCAUAAAAUAAACUUGCUGUAUUAUAAAUUCCUAAUAAUUAUCAUAUAGUUUCUUACAGGACACCAGUUUUAGCUAUAUGAUUUUGACUGAAAAGAUUUUUUUGGUAUUAUAUCUGUUUUUUUAUAUAAUUCCUGAUUUUGUAAUUACUUUUCACUGAAAAAUUGCAGGUUUGCAAAAUGUUUGAAUACAAAACAGUUGUUUCAGUUUCGAAGUGGGCUGUUCAGCUAUUCUAGAAAUGAAUUUCAGUCUCAAAAUGGAAGUGUGAUAAGGUCAGAAUGGCCUGUUUCAAAAUCAGAACAACUGUUUCAAACUCAAAAUAAAGCAUUUUAAGCUAAAAAGAUCUCAAAUUCAAGAACUUUGCACUAGUUACCUCUAGUGAAAACCUAGUGUCCUGGUUCUCUCAAGACACUAAUGUUAUUGCUGUUUACUACAACUUUACAUAAAAGCUGGUUUACUGGCUUAUUACAUUUUGUAUAUGAAUCUCUUUCCUUCCAUAACCAAUAGAAUCGAAUAAUUUUGAAUAACUUUUUAGAUUAUAUACAUUUCUUUUUUAGUGUGCUUAUGUGUUUACGAAAUCCUGAAAAAUACAUAUACAUUGCUUCCUUCUAAUCUUAAAAAACGUAUUUUCCUUCCCUCUUAAUCUAGUCUAUGGGAUACGUUUAUCACUAUUUAUUCUUCCCACUAAUUCAGUUUAUUUCCCAGGAAUUUGAUCACAGUCUUUUACCAUAGUAAUUCUCUAAUCUAAACCACACAAUACUUUGCCUGAACUCUGAAUGUUUCCAUUAUAAAUGACUAUUCUAUAAAUGUACAUCCACAAAAAUAUUUUAAUGCAAUCAUUUAAUUUGGUGCAAUGACUAAAUUUAGAUUUUAAUAUAAUCAUAGACCAAUUGAAGUAAAAAAAAACACCAAUAUACAAUAUAUCUCACACAUAAUAAAUAAAGGAGAAUUAAAAAAAUAUUU